GUAGACAAGCGUUCCCCUCUGCAAACAGUCACAUUCAAGAGCUCAAGCCAAAGAGACACUCGAGCGGACCAGCAGCAGCGGCAGCAGCAGACUCAACCUCAGCAUCAGGCUACAGCUACAGCUACAGAUUCAUCUCUAGAUACAGCUACCAGCCACCAGCCAGCCAGCAGCAGUUCUCAGCAUCAUCCACAGCUUCAGUGGCCAAAAGCCAGCUAACAAUUCACGUUCGUGCGUCGGUUUUUGUUGCGGCGCGGCGCAGGGCUCAGAGCAGCGGACAACAAGAGAAUUAUAACAAAACAUAGAGCCAUAUUUGCCACGUUAUUUUAUUGCCAAAUUUGCUUAAGGCAUCGCACACAGGCGGGCCACACAAAUAAAUUAAUCAAAGUGUUUAGUGCACAAACAAACAGUGCUCAAAAUCCAAAAACAAAAUAAAAACCAACACGAGAAAGAAAGAAAAGCUAAAUCCCAAAACCCAAAACCGACAACCCACAACCAGAGAGUAGAACUUUAAUGCAAGUGUCGAGGUCGAGUGCAGUGCACCAUCAAACAUGCCACAAAUCAUAGUAAUAAUCACAUCAAUUAAUGCAGUGAUAGUGCACUGAACCAAAACGAUAAUAAACGAAUCGAUAAUUAAUCGAGUAACAUAAAACAACGAUCGCAGAUCGACUAUCCGGAGAAUUCGGACCGAAGCCAUAGAACUAUUUUGAUUUUCCGUUUUUUGUGCGCGUCCCUUGCACGCGUCGAACUUUCCCUCGCUUCUCCUGGGGACAGUGCGUCCGAAAGCCGGCAACAUAACGGCGCAACUAUUGAACAGCUUUCUGAAGGGUAGCCCCCACCAGACCACCAUUGACAUCAUGCAGAAGCUCUACGCGGAGCCGCCGCCCAGCAGCGGGGCUCCGGUGAGCAUGUCCUCUGGGGGCGGCCCGCCGCCGGGUGGCCCUCCGCCCUCCAGCAUCAACAACAACCCGAACCCCACCUCGAACGGCGGCAGCAUGAGCCCGCUGGCCAGAUCCGCCUACACAAUGAACAGCAUGGGAAUCCCGGUGGGCGGCAUGUCCUCGGUGUCCCCCCAGGCGGCGGCCACCUUCGGCUCCAGCGUGCUCGACUCGGCGGCGGUGGCCAGCAUGACCGGCAGCAUGGGAGCGGCGGCCAUGAACUCGAUGGGCGGCAACUGCAUGACCCCCAGCUCCAUGAGCUACGCGAGCAUGGGCUCCCCACUCGGCAACAUGGGCGGCUGCAUGGCCAUGUCGGCUGCCAGCAUGUCGGCGGCGGGACUGAGCGGCAACUACGGGCCCAUGCCGCCGGGAUCGCGCGAAAUGGAGACGGGCUCCCCCAACUCGCUGGGCAGAUCGCGUGUGGACAAGCCGACGACCUACAGACGCAGCUACACGCACGCCAAGCCGCCGUACAGCUACAUCUCCCUGAUUACGAUGGCCAUACAGAACAACCCGACGCGGAUGCUGACGCUGUCGGAGAUCUACCAGUUCAUCAUGGACCUGUUCCCCUUCUACAGGCAGAACCAGCAGCGCUGGCAGAACUCCAUCCGCCACUCGCUGAGCUUCAACGACUGCUUCGUGAAGAUACCGCGGACGCCGGACAAGCCGGGCAAGGGAUCCUUCUGGACGCUGCAUCCCGACUCCGGGAACAUGUUCGAGAACGGAUGCUACUUGCGGCGGCAGAAGCGCUUCAAGGACGAGAAGAAGGAGGCCAUUCGGCAGCUGCACAAGAGUCCGUCGCACAGCAGCCUGGAGGCGACCAGUCCGGGCAAGAAGGACCACGAGGACUCGCACCACAUGCACCACCAUCACCACAGCCGACUGGAGCACCACCAGCACCACAAGGAAGCGGGCGGCGCCUCUCUGGCCGGGGUGAAUGUGCUGAGCGCGGCGCACAGCAAGGACGCGGAGGCCCUGGCCAUGCUGCAUGCCAACGCGGAGCUCUGCCUGGGACAGCAGCCACAGCACGUGCCGACGCACCACCACCACCAGCACCACCAGCUGCAGCAGGAGGAGCUGUCGGCGAUGAUGGCGAACCGGUGCCACCCGUCGCUGAUCAGCGACUACCACUCGUCGAUGCAUCCACUGAAACAGGAGCCCUCCGGCUACACUCCCUCCAGCCACCCGUUCUCCAUCAACCGCCUGCUGCCCACGGAGUCCAAGGCGGACAUCAAGAUGUACGACAUGAGCCAGUACGCCGGCUACAACGCCCUCAGCCCGCUGACCAACUCACACGCUGCCUUAGGCCAGGACUCGUACUAUCAGAGCCUCGGCUACCAUGCGCCCGCCGGCACUACGAGCUUGUGACACCACCAGUACCCCUUAGCUUAAGGGCGCGCGGAGCAGAUGCUGCGCUCGCAGCAGCAGCAGCACUUGCAGCAGCACCACCAGCAGCAGCAGCAGGCGGCGCAGCAACUGACAUCCGCUUCAAACACCACACCAACGACAGCACCCAAGGCCAGCAGCAAGUCGGGAUCGGGUUCGGGUACGGGUUCAGGCUCCGGCUCCGGAUCGGGCUCAGGCUCGGGAUCAGUGUCCGCAUCAGCAUUGGCCACCGCCUCAGCGUCGGUGGUUAACUACUCCCAGAAGCUGCAGCAGCAGCAACAGCAGCAGCAACAACAGCAGCAGCAGCAGCACCAACAGCAGCAGCAGCAGCUGUUGCACAGUCAGCUCUCGGCGGAGCUGCAGGAGGACUCCUCGAACAUCACCAGCGACCUCAGCGAGGAGCAACUGCAGCACCAGGCGGCGCAGCAGCAGUACAACAACUACCAGCAGUACGCGGCGGCCGCCAGCUACCGGAACUGGAAUCACAGCCUCACGUUCAAUGGAGCCGCCGCUCUGCAGAACCUCCUGUAGCCCUGGCCCCGGACAAGCGGCGGCUUUGUGGCACCCAAGGGCAUGGCCAUGGGCAUGGGCAUGGGCCUGUCAAUUAGCGAGUGCAGUUCCACUGGCUUUUAGCACCUGGGCGCAUCCUUUGAGCACGUGAGUAGCCAGGGCUAGGUUCGAGAUCAGGUUCAGG